UGACGACCAUAAGUCAUUAAUUCAAAAAGCCAUCGGGGCCGCCUAAAUUAUUAUAUCAAAGCUCACAUCUUGGCUAAGCUUCUAAUGGCGAGCAAGCAGCGACAAAAGAGAGUUUUGGUUGUGGGGUUAAUCUGUUUGGAUAUUAUCAACACUGUGGAUAAGUACCCAUCGGAAGACGAGGACAAGCGGACACUUUCUCACAGAUGGCAGCGAGGAGGCAACGCGGCCAAUCAAUCCUACAUCCUCUCUCAACUCGGCUCUGACGUAGAGUUCUUUGGUAACGUAGCAACGGGUGAAGGAGCUGAAUUUGCUCUCAACACGUUACGCCAGCAGGGCGUGGCAUGUGAUCACGUGAUAGUCAACAAAGGGUGUCGCAUCCCUACGUCAUACGUCACGUGUAGCCUGGAGACCGGAAGUCGCACCAUCGUGCAUAAUCGCGGGGGGAUGCCCGAGUUGUCCGCGGAGUAUUUUAAGUGUCUCUGCUUAGACGAGUACGACUGGGUUCACUUUGAGACCCGACGUAACAUUAAGGACAUACACGAGAUGCUUGACAUGGUGGACGCGUACAACAAAACGAAGCCGAGUGCUGAAAAAAUCACCGUCUCCAUCGAGAUCGAGAAGCCGAUUAAUGACGGCCGCGACGGUUUAAUCCGACGCGCUGAUGUCAUCUUUAUAAGUAAAGACUAUGCACGCUUUAUUGGCUAUAACUCCCCUACUGAUGCCAUCAAUGGUUUAAUCUCGAGGGUCAGGCCAGGGGGGUGCUUGAUAAGCCCGUGGGGGGAUGCAGGAGCGCAGGCGAUGGGCACGGAUAGAGUGUUGGUUGAUGUCAAGGCGACCAACCCUGGAAUAGUGGUGGAUACCUUGGGCGCGGGGGAUACUUUUGUAGCGGGCGUGGUGCAGGGGUUACGGGAUGGGGUGGGACUUAGGGGUGCAGUCCGGUUGGGGUGUAUGUUGGCGGGGUAUAAGUGCGGUAUUGAGGGGUACAAUGGGCUGGGGGAUCGCUGGAGGAAGAUUGUGCCUGUAGCAGAUGUAGGGCCAUUACAGGAGUGGGGGUACUGAACUAGACAAGUACACCGGUGGGUAUAAGGUGAUCUCGCCGACAACCUAGGUUGUUUCACUGACACACUUUUACUAGAUAAGUUGAGACGUUUUUUACUACAAUGCAAGUGAAAGUUUGUUAAAUAUAAACAACCGUUAACGUUGAUGUUAAAACUAAAACUCGAGUUCGCGGUGUGGUGACUAUAUUUCUAUCACUAAUCCCAAGCAACUCGUAUCCAGCGAAAGCAUUUUUAAUACCCUUUUCAAGAUAGGCUAUAGAGCCAAGCUAAGAUCGGCUUCAAUUUCUAAUCAAUAAAGAGUAUUGAUUUGGCCGCCAUUUUGAACCGGAAGUAAACUACCUUUUUAUAAAAAAAUAAAUAAACUUGCACAUUUUGAUACUGUUUUUCACUAGACAACUAAUAUGAAAGUGAAAGAAUGUAUUUAAACCAAUAUUAAAAAAGGCAAACUUGUCAUUUUUGGAACUUUAAAGGUAAUAGCCACCUUUAACCGGAAGUAGUCGAACGUAAAACCUCGGACGUUUAUUUCACCCCGCGCCCUCUAGCAAAAGACACCAAUUUUAUUGCAGUUGUAGGUUGAAAUAACCAUUAUAAGAUGAGCUAUGGAGCCAAGAUAAAAUCGGCUUUUAUCACAGACUAAUAUGGUUUAUUAUAAUUGCAGCCAUUUUGCACUGGCAUUUUUGAAAGCACAGAGAUGCACAUCUUGUUUAAAAGUCUACGACUAAAAUAUUCAUGAAAUCCAUUUAAUACUUUUAAGUUGUAAAAAAAAAGGCAAAACUGAUUAGGUUUCUGCUAUUAAUUUUACGUUUUUUUAAAACCGCAAGUAGGUUUCCAAACCUGUUUCUGCACACUCUAAUCAAACCAGAUUAAUGCUUAUACGAAUAAGCAAUGCAGCAUUUAUAUGAAAAUGUUUUCUUGCUAUAUCAGCCUCGGCAUUUUUUUAAAAAAUAGUGAAAUCUUAGUCAGGCUGGACGUUCUUAAAAAAAGAUUCUUAUAAAACAAAGAGUGUGGUUCAUAAUACGUCGGUCUAACGUAAUAACAAUCUCCGAUGAGAAUUGUUUUUUUUAUUUAAUGCAGUUCAGAUAUCUUAAAGCUUUAUCGUUAAACGAUUCAAUGAAGCUGCAAAGGGCUGAACAUUUCAUGCUGGCUUGGGUGCAAGUGCAGCGUGCUGGGCAGCCUAUCUUGCAUCUAAUAGCUCUUGGUUCCUCAUCUAAUAGUUCUUUGGCUUCUUGGCACGCCUUGGAAAGCUCUCAUAGCGUUUGUCCAAAGCGGCUAUGGCAACUGUUGUCCAUUGUGCUAAAAAGACGGAAGCAUUGAGACAGGGAGGAGUGUCCCCAACAAUGGCCUGCUUGAAAGGCAGCUUUCAUGGUGUGUUAAAUGAUAGCUGCCUUCGUCGGUAGAAUGACAUGAAAUGAUGUUCCUUUCCCCACGAAGAGCUGCAUUCUCUGUACUCGUUCGGUCGUAUAGAAGCAGUGGAAAGCGCUCAAGUGUUGCCAAACAUUCUGUAUUUUAUCUUAACUGGCCUGAAGGCUAGCUGUCGAAGACCAUCUGUGGCUUCGGGGAAUACAGCAAGUACUGUCUUUUCCCCCUACCCGCACAACAGGAUACAGUAUCACCUGUAAAUGCUUGAAAUUCUAAUUGGCGAGAUACUUCUUUGACUCUUCUGUAGAAAAAGAAAUUAAAGGCAAGAAGAGUGAUAAGCGCACACCCGAGGCCCACAGAUUAACAGUUCCUACUGUUAGAAACUGUUCAUCGUGUAGCACUUGCGGUUUACAGACGUUAAAGUCAACGUCGUUCUUGGUAUCCCCACCAGGCUUGUCACAUAAGCAGUUGCUUUUGUCUUCUUUCUUUUCUCUUGAUCCAGCUAUUAAGCGUGAAUGUUUGGUAUACUUGGGCUGGCUAUAUGUGUCUUUUAAAUCAUUUGACGACUUUCGAAAAUAGUGAGUAUCGACGCGUGACUUUUCACUUUCGGAUUAAAUUAUCGGCCAUUUUAAUAUCACAAGAUAAUCCGUGAUUAAAUCAGAUUUUCUUUUGGCUCUAUAGCUUAUCUUAAAAAGAUGACCCUAAACUACUCCUGAAACAAGUUUUUUUUAUAUUUUUGUUUAAAGGCGCAAAGUGAAACAAGCGUGCCAGUAUUUACUCUUGACUACUUCCGGUUCAAAAUCGCUGUCACCGUAAAAGUUACAGAAUUAAAAAAAUCUUGUAACUUUAAAAACAUUUUUGUUUAGAUGCAUUUUCUGACUUAUAUUUUAUUUGUCUAUGAGUAAACUUUCUUAAAAUGUGCGAGUUUAUUUAUUUUUUUGGAAAAAGUUAGUUUACUUCCGGUUCAAAAUGGCGGCCAAAUCAAUAUUCAUUUAUUAAUCAGAAAUUAAAGCCGAAUUGAGCUUGGCUCUAUAGCCUAUCUUGUAAGAGGUAUCAAAAACUAUCACUAUGCUAAACUUGAUAACUUUAGCAAAAAGUGGGCAAUUCAAGGUAAAAUCUGCACAUAUCCACUGGACUAUAAGUUACUGCGCUGCGAAUCCACUAAGGCGCGCGCAUUCACAAGUAAUUCUUAAACUCAAGUAUAAGAAGCCACCAUGAACUUUAAACUCGCGAUGUGUGGCCUGCGAUGGGUGACCCAUUUGUCGGCGAAAUAACCGCAACUGUAUGGAGACGUGCUGUUAUGGGAGUCCACUUUGUGUCUUAAGGUGGUGAUGUGGGAUCAUAAACAAAACGGAUAACUUUGAGGAGUCACUGAUGCGUAUGUGCAGUGUAAGAAAAAGCGAGGUAAUAAGGGUUAUGGGACUUGGUGCCUCUAAAAGAGUAUUGAGGGACCAUAAAUGAGACAGGUUACCCAUACACGUGUUUGGUUAUUGUGAAUAUAUGGGGAAUUUUCGUCUUCAAUAAGACUUCUUCAGGGCAGACUCAACUUCGAGAGUCUUCCCUAAAGAAGUCUUAUUAAAGACGAUAACUUGGCAGAGUCGAAUUCCAGUUUUUGGUGUAUUGUAUUCAUUCUUCUGGUUCACGAACACGACUAUUUUGGCUUUUUGUAUUUAUGGGGAAUUCAUCAGUGCAUCAGGUCUUCCUGAUGGGACCAUAACUAAGACAUUUUAUGAAUGUAUGUAUAUAAACAUGGUAAUAGGGAAUACAGAAGUCCAUUUGGUGUUCACAAAAGGCAUUGUUGGACGAUAAAUAAAGCAGGUUAUGGGUACAUGUGUAAAA